AUGGAACAUGGGAGCAGGGGGACUAAUUAUGAUGAGUCAUAUUUAUUUACAUGCUGCCAGCUUGAUAACAACAAUUUCAGCGGGAGUGGAAUUCCUUUAACAUAUGCAAACUUAACCAUGCUAGUGAAAUUAAGUCUGAGAAACUGCAGUCUGCUAGGAACUAUUCCUGAUUUCAGUUCAAUAGCGAACCUUAGCUAUUUAGAUCAUAGCUGGAAUCAGUUUACUGGACAGAUACCACCAAAUAAACUUGCAAACAAUAUGACAACUAUUGAUCUAUCCAAUAAUCAUCUCAAUGGAUCAAUUCCUCCAACCUUCUUAUACCCUAAUCUCCAAAAUUUGUCACUUGAGAACAAUUUACUGUCUGGAUCCAUCCCUGCUAGCAUAUGGCAGAACGGGGCCAUCAAUUCUAAAGAUAAACUUACAAUUAACCUCCAAAACAACUCGCUAUUGGAUGUUUUGGGAAAUCUGAACCCCUCGAAAAAUGUUAUCUUAAGGCUUUUUGGCAAUCCAAUCUGCAAGGAUUCUAACAUAGAAAGUAUUGGUCAAUAUUGUGGACCUGAUGGAGAUGGAGAUGAUGAAGUAGCACAAAACCCAACAAAUCCAACAAAUGUAUGUUCAAUUCAAGAUUGUCAACCGGAUAAUGAAUAUGUACCCCUUUCCCCAGUUCCUUGCUUUUGUGCAGCACCUCUGAGAAUUGGAUACAGGCUUAAAAGUCCAAGUUUUUCUUACUUUCCUCCCUAUAUAACUAGUUUUGAAUUAUAUAUAACUGAGUCCUUAAAAUUAGACAACUAUCAGUUAUCAAUAGAUGCUUGGAAAGAUGGAUAUCGUAUCACCAUGUAUCUAAAACUAUUUCCGUCAUACAAUGAUCCCAACCAUAUGUUCAAUGCAAGUGAAAUCCAUCGCAUUAAAACCAUAUUUGCAUCGUGGCGAUUUCCUCCCAAUCAUUUUUUUGGACCACAUGAACUCCUCAACUUCACUCUUCUCGGACCUUAUGCAAAUGAUUCGAAGAGGAGUAAAAGUAGUACAGAUAUAGAUAUAUUAGUUGCUGUCUUAAUAGCAGCUGUUGCUUGUGUUUUAGCAACAUCUGCUAUAAUCAUUCUCCUGGUUUUUAUAAGACAUGGCAAAUACCAGCGCAUGAUAUCCAAGAAAGGUAGGUCCCCCAAUGUAUCUAUUAAACUAGACAACGUUAAAGAAUUUAGUCUCAAAGAAUUGGCUCUUGCUACAAACAAUUUUAGCAGCUCAACUAAAGUUGGCCAAGGAGGUUAUGGGAAUGUCUAUAAGGGCAUUUUAUCUGGGGAAACACUUGUGGCCAUUAAACGAGCAGCAGAAGGUUCCUUACAAGGCCAAAAAGAGUUUUUGACUGAGAUUGAACUUUUAUCAAGAUUACACCAUCGAAAUCUUGUCUCUCUCAUUGGAUAUUGUGAUGAAGAAAAGGAACAGAUGCUGGUUUAUGAAUUCAUGCCCAAUGGCACCCUAAGGGACUGGAUUUCUGGUAAAAAUGAAGAAAGCAAGGAAAGACAAAAUUUUGGUAUGGGGUUGAAAAUUGUCAAGGGUGCAGCCAAAGGCAUACUAUAUCUGCAUACAGAAGCUAACCCUCCAAUAUUCCACCGAGAUAUAAAAACCAGCAACAUACUUUUGGACUCCAAAUUUACAGCUAAAGUGGCUGAUUUUGGACUGUCACGUCUUGCACCAUAUGAAGAAGGAAGUGGUACCAAGUACUUGUCGACAGUUGUGAAGGGAACACCAGGUUACCUGGACCCAGAAUAUGUGUUGACUCAUAAGUUUACCGACAAAAGUGAUGUCUAUAGCCUAGGAGUUGUGUUUCUUGAGAUUUUGACGGGCAUGCAACCAAUAUCACGUGGGAAACACAUUGUUAACGAGAUUAAAGUGGCUUGUCGGUCUGGCAUGAUAUAUGCCACCAUAAAGAGCAAAAUGGGUUUAUACCAAUCUGAUUGCUUGGACAAGUUUUUAACUCUGGCCCUCAGUUGUUGCCAAGACAAUCCAGAAGAGAGACCAUCAAUGCUAGAUGUGGUGAGGGAACUUGAAGAUAUUGUUGCAAUGUUAUUAGAAAGUGACACUAGUUACCCAGAUGUUACCUUCGAUAAUUCAGGUCAAAUGGUACCCUCAUCAUCUUUAGGAUCUAAUGUGGCAAGAGAGGACCAACACAAGUAUGCUUAUGUGUCUGGAAGUAAUCUUGUCAGUGAUGUCAUUCCCACCAUUGUUCCUCGCUGAUAUAUAUGUUAUGUUAUGCUUGUCUACCUCAUAUAUUAUUCCAAAUAAUGUAACUAUACCCAUUAUCCAGGAUAAAUAUCUCUUUGAUCAGAAUUGAAGCCUUACUUUAAUAAUAUGUGUUGAUAUUUAAUAAAAUCUUUUAUUACA